CUGUAAACAGGAAGUAAGAGCAAAUUAAUUUCUAUGUCGUUCAAGCUGAGGCAGCUUUGAUAUCGACUAAAGCGAGACGGACGAACGAGAUGUCCUCUCCACACAGAGACUGAGUCCUGGAGAAGGAGCAACGAUGAUGGAGCCUGAACUGAGGUUGUCACGCCGAUAAGGAGAAAUUCUCCUCACUCAGUCUUGGUCCGGUCCUGCAGUUGUUACGAAGCCCAGCAUGUCCUUAUCUCACCGUGAGGGUCAGUCCCCUGCAGAUGACAUAACGGACGACUGGCUCUUUCUGUCCUCUGACUCUGCCAGGCCUGAGGUUGUAGAAGUGCGCAGGGAAGACCAGGAGACGGAGGACAGAGGGAAGCUCAGAUCUAAGCUGGUCUCAGCGUGGAACAGUGUGAAAUAUGGCUGGACCUUGAAGCAGAAAUCCAAAUUCAGCAAGAGCUCUCCUGUGAUCAUGCUUGGAAAGUCCUAUGAGCUCAAGGAUGAAGGGGAAAGAGAGCACUUCCGCCGCACCUUUGUGUCCCUCCUGUGGUUGACGUAUAGGCGGGGGUUCCCUCCUCUGGGCGGGUGCUCUCUGACAACUGACAGCGGCUGGGGUUGUGUUCUGCGUACGGGGCAGAUGCUGCUGGCUCAAGGCCUCCUCUUACACUUAAUGCCACCAGGUUGGACUUGGUCUGUGAGCCACCAUGUGUUCAAAGACGACAUGGACUUAGAGAGCCGUCCUGCUGACUGUGGACAGACUUUCCAGAAAGGGUCUAAUAAAAGGGGCCGAAAACUGAGCUUGGGUUCCCUCCUGGACAGACCCACAGAGACCACACACAGAAAGGUGGUCUCAUGGUUGGCAGACCACCCAUCAGCCCCCUUUGGAAUACACCAGCUGGUGGAAUUGGGCAAAAGCUCAGGGAAAAAAGCUGGGGACUGGUACGGUCCCUCCAUCGUAGCCCAUAUCCUCCAGAAGGCGGUGGCAGCAUUUGCAGACCUUCAAAAUCUAGCUGUCUAUGUGGCACAGGACUGCACCAUCUACAAAGACAAUGUGAAACGGUUGUGUGAGCGACCUCCGCCUCAAUCCUGGAAGUCCGUCAUCAUACUGGUUCCCGUGCGACUCGGAGGACAAGAGCUCAAUCCUGCCUAUGUUAACUGUGUCCAAAAACUUCUGACGUUAAAAUGUUGCAUCGGAAUUAUCGGGGGGAAACCAAAGCAUUCUUUGUUCUUCGUUGGCUUCCAAGAUAACAAUCUGCUGUACCUGGACCCUCAUUACUGUCAGCCCACAGUGGAUAUAACCAAGAAGAACUUUCCCUUGGAGUCCUUUCACUGUAAAUAUCCCAGGAAAAUGGCAGUCUCACGUAUGGACCCCAGCUGCACCAUAGGUUUCUAUGCUAAUGGUCAAAAGGACUUUGAAUCCUUGUGCACAGCUGUUGGUGAGGCUCUCUCGACAUCUGCAGAGACAUACCCCAUGUUUAUAUUUGCAGAGGGACACAGUCAGGAAGAGGAGCAAAGUCAUGCACCCACAAACCUCACCUAUAUCCAGAGGAAAACCAAAUGCAAGAGAGUGGACACGAGCAACAGCUUGGACGAGUUUGUUCUGUUAUAAACAGAAGAAGAUAAAGUCUGCCCUGAGGGGCGUUGAAUCAUCAGUGAUCAGUGAUCACACAUACAGUAUAUGCUGUGGUUAGACUGUGGCAACUACUGAGCAAUAACCUUAAGAGAUUCCUGAAAGGUUUUAGUAGACAUCAUUAAUCAUGUUUUUUACCCAUUUGUGUGAUUAUUUAUUGUUUUAAACUAUGAAAGAUGAAGGAUGGUUUCGCUUGAUUGGCGUUGAAGUCUAUUUUUAUCCGAGUGUGUUCUUUUCCCCAACCUGUUCCAAUGAAAUAAAAAUAUAAUAAUAAUUAUUACACUGAAA